UCUCUCUCCAGCGCACUUGGCGUGCUGGAGAGGGGAAGAGCAUCCUGCGAGCGAGAGAACGUGGGGCUCCUAGUCCCGGGCGGCGGGCGGAGGGGAGUUACGAACACAGCGACUCUCCCCUGCUUUCCGCCCCCGCCUCCCCCGGUGGCUAGCAGGACCUGCACCCCGCGCUGGCCCCCGCUCCUGCUCCGUCCCCGCCCGGCCCCGGCGCGCUCCUCCCCGGCCGGCCCCCUUCCUCGGCGCGCGGCGCGCUGGAGGCGAACGCAGUCUGAGCCGAGCGCAGUGGCCGCCGACCACCGAGCGCCCCGCGCCGCCUCCCUGCAUGUGCGUUCAGCGGCGGCCCGCAGCCCCCGCCAGCAGCCUCGGCAGCUUCGGCCGUGCGUCCAGAGGCGGCGGCAGCGGCUCCAGCGGCGGCCGAGCUCUCCAGCCCGAGCUGGGAGACACGAUGCGCCGAAUCCUCCGGCUGCUCCUCGGCUGCUUCCUCACCGAGCUGUGUGCCCGCAUGUGCCGGGCGCAGGAGCGAGCCGGGCACGGGCAGCUGGCGCAACUGGGCGGCGUACUGCUGCUCACGGGGGGCAACCGCUCCGGGGCCGCCUCCGGAGAGGCCGGCGAGGGCGUCGGGGGUUCCGACGCACCACCGACUCGAGCGCCCACGCCGGACUCCUGUCGGGGCUACUUCGAUGUCAUGGGCCAGUGGGACCCGCCGUUCAACUGCAGCUCCGGCGACUUCAUCUUCUGCUGCGGGACUUGUGGCUUCCGGUUCUGCUGCACGUUUAAGAAGCGGCGACUGAACCAGAGCACCUGUACCAACUACGACACGCCACUCUGGCUUAACACGGGCAAGCCCCCAGCGCGUAAGGAUGACCCCUUGCACGACCCCACCAAGGACAAGACCAACCUUAUCGUCUACAUCAUCUGCGGGGUGGUGGCUGUCAUGGUGCUGGUGGGCAUCUUCACCAAGCUGGGGCUAGAGAAAGCGCACCGGCCCCAAAGGGAACACAUGUCCAGAGCCCUUGCAGAUGUCAUGAGGCCACAGGGCCACUGCAACACUGACCACAUGGAGAGAGACCUUAACAUCGUGGUCCACGUGCAGCAUUAUGAGAACAUGGACACAAGAACCCCUAUAAACAAUCUCCAUGCCACCCAGAUGAACAACGCAGUGCCCACUUCUCCUCUGCUCCAGCAGAUGGGACACCCACAUUCAUACCCCAACCUGGGCCAGAUUUCCAAUCCAUAUGAACAGCAGCCCCCAGGCAAAGAGCUCAACAAGUAUGCCUCCUUAAAGGCAGUAGCUGACAAGGUCAAUGAUGACUUCUACGCCAAAAGAAGGCACCUGGCAGAGUUGGCUGCCAAGGGAAAUCUCCCUUUGCACCCUGUAAGAGUGGAAGAUGAGCCUCGGGCCUUCAGCCCGGAGCAUGGGCCUGCCCAGCAGAAUGGACAGAAGUCUCGCACCAACAAGAUGCCCCCGCAUCCCCUGGCCUACAACUCUACUGCUAACUUUAAGACCUGGGACCCCAGUGACCAGUCUCUCCGGCGGCAGGCUUAUGGCACCAAGGGCAAGCUUGGCAUAGCUGAGUCGGGCUCUUGUGACCCCUUGGGGACUCGCACCCAGCACUUCCCACCCACACAGCCAUAUUUCAUCACUAACAGCAAAACAGAAGUGACUGUCUGAGCUUUUACUUCAGGGAGCACCCUGGAGUCCACACUCAACUGAGAGAGGCAAAAAAAUACCAUCCCACCUACAGCGUCCUGGUCCUGUACACCCCCACGCCCAACCCCUCAGCAGACACACACACUCCGUUCUACAGGAACCAACCACAGACCUACUCGUGAUAAGGAAUCAUGCUUUCCCUGGGCCAUGCCUAAUAUGCUCCUGCAGGCAGCUGAGUGAGACCGAAGCACGGACUUUCAGCAAUACAGAGGGGAACUUUCAACUUCAGGCCCAGAUUGUGGGGGUUCAUUUCCUUUUCCUUCAACAGAAAACUGAAAUCCAUUAUAACAGAUAUAUCUGUAGCACAAUGUAGACAAGCUACCCAUGGAGUGCACUGGGUCCCUCCUGUUCUGUCUUCCCUGGUAGAAGGAAAAGGGUGGGCACAUGGAGAGGAGUGUGCCAGAAUGCAUGGAAAGGAAUUUGUUCAUGUCACAAGAAUUUCCUAGUCCCAAGAAGUGAUGCAAACACGGAAUAGUGAGGAGUGUGAGGCAGUAAUGGACCCCGAGCAUUACACUGAUGAACAUUGCAUACCAUUGAAUCUGAAGGCAAAAUGCAAAGUAAGUCUUCACAAAGUAAGCCCACAGUCAGUGAUAAGAAAGGGAAAAAAACAUUCUAAAGAACUCCCUGAAAGACUGUGAUGUUGGUAGUGAUGGGCGUUUAUGAUAGCCAAAGGGUCCAGAGAAUAAUAUAGAAGAACUUUUAAAGUGACACAUUAAGUGAACACACAAAAUAUUAAUUUUGCCCAGGACUUAGAGAACCUGCAGUUGGAGAAUUAACAGCAGGUGAGAUGGGCACUGAGGAACUUUCACUUCCCGGGUCAUCUCCAAGAACUGGGACAAAGACAAAAACCAUCCUCUAUGAACUGUCUGUCCCCACCGCCCUUUGCCCUCAGCGUGCCGCUGCCACUGCUGCCAAACUUCAAUUGCUUUGGAGUGAAAAAUGUCAUAAGCGUGGGUGGUGCCUUCAGUGUGUCGCUGUUGUUCAAGUGAUGGUGUCGUUUCCCAAGUGCAUCCUCUGUUCCUUUAUCCUUCCUGCCUCCUGUUUCCCCUGCAGUAGUGAUGUUCUGUCUUUCCUUUGUAGGUGAGCCCAGCCAAUUAACACCCUUUGAAGGAGCUGCUACAGUGUCAGAGGUACCUAAGAAUACCCCAGUUCCCACCCUCCCAGCUGAUUACCUCCAGGGGCACCUUCAUGCCAUCCUUUCUUACCUGGACUAUCCCCAAGCUGCUCUACAGAUUGGUUCCUACAGACAAUAGCCAUUGGGUUCCAAAGUCUUUCAUUUAGUGGAAGCACAGACAGGUACAUGGAGAGGCAAGAGAGUUUUGUUUAGAGAGAAAAGUCUGCAACUAUCCCCUGAAGCUCUUAGCUAAUUAGCAGGAAUCUUCUGAAAGCUCACAGCUUCUUUGGUGUAAAAAUCUAGUGAAAUAGAAUUGGAGCAUUCCAUGUGAUGUUCUGUUGCCUGGGCUCUCUGGCAUCACAGCAUCAGCACACCAGAUAGUUUCCAUGUUCCAAGCAAGUAAAAAGAACCUGGCAAUAUCUUCAAUCUCUCUGGGGCUGUCUCCCAUCUGAAGCAUAGGGAAUCUGGCCUAAGUCAAGUCUUUUCAGUUUUUAAAACAAUACUAUGUUCUUAUUUACAGAAGAAAUUCUGAAAAGAUAAAACUCUAUAAGAUUCCCAAAUAAGAAGAGGUGUAGAAAAGAUCAACACAGAGGUCAGAGGUCAGAGUAAAUGUUGAGGUGCCAGCACUCUCCGUAGGGGAGUAUGAACUGCUGGCUUGCACAUCUCUUUGAUAUGAGGUAGUUAUGUCCUCAUCACACAUCAGCAUCCAGAGAUUAUCAUCACAGUAUUGGUAUCUAAAUACGUUUGCUUUUAAGCCAUGUUAUUUUAAAAGGGAGGCAUCUUGUCUUUAUCACAUAUAGAACACUAGCAUCCAUUGCCAUGAAUCUGAACAGACAUUAAACAUGGAGAACAUAUUGGCCUCAAAGACAAAACUCUAGUGAAGGUCUGGCCUGCUCUCCUGUCUCUCAAAAAGAUAUUAGUCUAGUUAAAGAUACUAGUACACAAUAGAGAGUUUGUCCGUGGAAUAAUCCAGUGAAGGGGAAAGCAGAUGACAAGAAACUCCCCCUUUUUAAGUUGGUAUUAAAUCGUGCCCUGUCUCCAUAUGCUACCUCCAUGACAUACAGUUUGCAUGUACUAGUGGCAUACAGCACUACUUCAAGAAGUACUUACCCGAGAGGUUCUUUUCAGGUCAAGUUCUGCAAUCCUUUCCUUCUAGCUCAUUUCCCCCCUCCAUUCCCUUCCCCUCCCCAUUCUAACUCUAAUUUGAAAGUCUUUCUUGAUCCUUAGUCUAUAUUAGUCUAUUUCUUACUCUUCCUUCUUUUUGAAGAAGACUUCGUUCAAGUAGACUUGGCUCCUUGGUCUGUAAAUGUUAUUUUGACUUCCCAGACACUCUGGCCACUAGCAUGUAGCAUUUACUUCCUAGGUAGUGAGGUCGGUCGUAGACAGCUCACACAGUGCUUGCCUCCUAGUGCUUCCUGUUUGACUCUGGGGGGUGAACUGAGGAGUGACAAUCAGCAGGAAAUAUCUGUUUAUUUUUUGCCUUCCCCUUGGGAAGCUAGAUAAACCUUAUGAUAUUGAAAGAGAGCAUGACCUAAACAAUAACUGAAGAGAAAGAGUAAGAUUAUAAAACUGUUUUCUUCUCCUUCCCUGUGACCCCCCAAUUUCUAACUCUCUGGGACCAGACCAUGGCUUCCCUCACCUUCCUGGAGUCUCAGCCUCCAUCCGCCUUGGGCUCUGCCUGGAAUUCCCAUCUAACCUCCCCCAGUUUUUUUGUGUAAAUGGAGCAUAUUUUAUGUGCAAAUAUUUUAGUAACCGUAUGUUCUGCAAGUAAACCUGUGUUAACACUUGUCACACUGCAGAGUUUAUGAUACAAUAACACUUCCUACAAUGAAGAAAAAAAACAUUUGUUUGUUUUCUAAGAAUGUUUAUUUGUAAACAU